AUGAACGUCGAGGAAUUGAAGGCACUCGAGGAAACGCUGGCCUUCUUCGACACCCCUGACGAUCCCUUUACAAGGUUCUCUUCAGGUCACAGCAGCGAUGAGAGCAGUUACAAUGUGUCAGCAGUGACUGACGACGAACUAGUGAGGUCAGGAUCUCGGAGCAAACCUAAUGAGAUUCAUGACGGAGCCAACGCCAUAAAACAAGAGAUUGCACGACUCAAGACCAUACUGAAGGUUCCAGGAAGAAAUCGGUCUCGAGACUUGUAG